AAUCACCAAAUCAUCUAUUCAUCAGAUAUAAUCUUGGUUGGUAGUUGGAAUUUAUUAUUCUUGGUGGAUUAUUUAUCAUUAAUAUAAAAUAACCAGUCUGCUAUUACUGUCACCUCUUUUCAUCUCGCUUGAUACUAUCAACCAGUCUGUGUUAUAUAGACAUCUCAAGUCUGGUAUUUUGUUCUCAAUUUUUAGAUAUUUGCUUGAUAACUCAUUCUUUACAUUUCCCCUUCAUCAUUUAGCUGAAGAGCAUCCUUUUCAAACACAUAUUACCUUCAAGCUAUAUUAUAUCACACAGUCAGUUCAGAAAGUGUGAGAUUUCUGUAUUGAUCUAUUCCUAGAAAUAGCUUUCUCUUAACACAUAUAAUCUGAAAAAAAUCCUUAAACCAGCCACCUGUUAUAUAAAUACAGACAGACUCAUAUAUUUCUCUUGUAGAAAUGGUGUCAUUGUUUUUAUCUGUGGGACUUCUUCUGUUUUUUCAAAAGUUUUAUCAAUUUUCUGCAUAUGGUGGACCAGUGUCUAACCUUGUAGAUACUCCAGAUAGCGCAAGCAGGGUGUCAAUCACCAUUGAAGGGCAUGUGGAACCUUCUUUGCAAUCAAGGCCAGUUGCAGAUUCAUUAGUACCAAAAGAAGGUAAUUCAGAAGGAGAUUCUAAUGAAUUACCAGGGGCUACAAAUCAUCAAUCUGAUAAUUUGCAAGGCUGCCAUGGAGAAAAUGGAGAGGAUGAAUUGAACCAUGCACUGAAAAUUUCAAAGGAGGAGUAUGAGAAAAAGGAACAACAAGAAGAUCAUUUGCUUGAGGAAGCUCUGGUUGCAUCACUCUUGGAUCAUUCCAAAAAAAUAUCUGAAGAUGCACUAUCAGAUUCUGAACUUGAGCAAUUCCAAGAAUCAACAAAGGAACAUAAUAAAACCCUUGAAAUGGAAAACCAGGAUUUGGCUCAUGUGCUUGAGAUUUCAAGAAAUGAGUAUUUGGAUCGUGAACUUCAAAUUUCACUCAGCCGAGCUUUACAUAUGUCACUUGAGGAUGGAAAUGUAUCUGGAACCUCUCAUGAUGGGGAAUCUGAUAUUGAGGAGCAAAUUAUAAGCCAUGUACUCAAGAUGUCAGAAAAUAAGAAUUCAAAUCAAGCAAAAAAUAAAAUGGAUGAGCCUUUGACUCAACAGACCCCAAAGAGUGAAGAACCUACUCACAAAUCACCAGAUGCAGGAUCCAAAGAAGAUGAGGACUUACAUGGAAGUGGCAGUAAAUCUGAAGAUCCUGAUCAGGAACCUUGAUAGGCGGAAUUUCCAACCUCACAAGAGUGCUGAGAGGUACACCCAAAAAAUUUCUAUUUAUUCCUGUUCAUCAGUUCCUUCAUCUAUUUGGGUAUUAUUUCUUAAUAUUUUUCUGUGGAAAACUGAUAAAAACUGUGUGUUUUUGAGCUCCAAGAUGACUCAAUUUUUAUCUCCUGUCAUUUCAUUUUAACCAUUCAAUAAACAUCUUCAUAGUCAUAGCCAUUGGAAAUAUACUGGUCCACCCUCAUUUAUAUUUGGAUAGUAUGAGAUCAUUCACAUAUAAAUUUUAACCAACUCAGAAUUAUGUUGGAUCCUGCUUCCAAUUGAAUUUCUGUAUUUUUUUUAUCACAUGAUGUUUCAUAUUGGUUUCUGAUUUUUUUUAUCAAGCCAAUAUGCUCACUAGAUUAAAAAAUUGCUUUUCUAUUUCUCUGUCAUUGAGUUUCAUCUUUCCUCCAUUCUUGCAGAACAUCUAUGCAGGCAAUUUUCAGUGAUAGAUAUUGAAAUGAGCUCUUGAUAAAUCUGAAUAUCAAACCACCUACAAUGACCUGACAAGCAGUUUAUUUGAUUUAUCCAAAAUUUAUUUUUGGAUUAUCUUUCUGGAAAUGAUGAAAAAUAAUCCCAUACAGUUUCUAUUCAGAUUAAACAUCUAGUCUUUUUUCUUUUCCACCUAUCUGCGAUGGCAGCCGUUUUCACAAAAAAUCAGGAGAAAGUUUCCCUCUAAUAACAGGGAACAAAACAAUGGUCUAAACCAAAAACUAUCAUGUGUUUAAGUUCAAGUUUUUUUGGGCUUACACUUCCUAAAUCAUUAGCUGCCUUGAGGGUAUCCCAAUUUAACUGGGAUGAAAUUAAAGAUGUUAAACUUGGUUGAACUCC